GCAACUUUAGUAUACUACUACUAUAUAUAUACUACUACUCUGUCAUUACUAGAAUAGAAUUAAUAAUAAAAAAAGAAUAAUAUAUAUUAUUACAAUUUCUUAUAUUAGAAUAGUGUUUAAAAACCUAAAAAAUAAUGACUUCGGCCACGGUACCACUACUUGAUGACGAUACAAUACCAUUUGGAGAGGAAGAUGAAAUGCAAGAUCCAAAUGCACUUGCUAAGAAAUACACACAUCCCUAUGUCACAUUCUUCCAUCUCUUCUUCCGGGGUGCUGCCGUUCUGAUUUAUAUGUUCUGUGGCUGGUUUAGCGAUUCUUUUAUAACCAGUUUUGUAUUUGUUGUGUUGUUUCUAUCGGCCGAUUUUUGGACAGUCAAAAAUAUUACUGGACGUUUAUUGGUAGGACUGCGCUGGUGGAAUUAUGUAGACGAUGAGGGGGUAUCACACUGGGUUUACGAAGCAAAAAAGGGAAAAGUUAAUAAUCACGAAGCUCGCAUAUUCUGGUUAGGCUUAAUACUGUGUCCAGUUUUCUGGGGCUUAUUUUUCAUUGUGGCCUUAUUUGGCCUAAAAUUCAGGUGGUUGCUGUUAGUUAUGAUUGCCUUAGCUUUAAAUGGAGCCAAUCUGUAUGGUUAUGUUAAAUGUAAUUUCGGAGCUAACAAGGAUUUAAAUUCCGCUGCAACAGACUUUGUUAAAACGCAAUUAUUUAAAAAUGCCAUGGAUAUUAUAACGAAACCAAGUGCUCAGCCACCAACGGCCCGUCCCACUGGAGUGGUAUAGAUCUUGGUUAGAUAACUUAAGCAUUCCUUUUUAAGUUCUUGUUUAAAAUUAAACGCAAUUAGUAUUUUGUUUUAUUUCAUUGUUUAUAAAAUAAUUUGUAGUCAAAAAAUAAAUCGUAACAAAAAUAUAAACAAAAUGUUUGUUUGUAUUUUUUUCUUUUUUAAGUUAAAAACUUGAAA